AUCCUGGUUCUCAGAGAUUCUACUCGUGUUCAGUCAGCACAGUAAGCAAGAUGGUGAACUACGCAGUCCCCGAGCCAUACAGAUGGGAUACCAGCUUCAUGGUGUUCUACGAACGCCUGGACGAUGAGCACAAGGGUCUCUUCCAGAGCCUGUUUUCUAUUGGUACCAACCGCGACUCAAAGGCCGCGCUGAAGAAAUGCCAGGAUCUGAUGGUUGGUCACUUCAACUACGAGCAGACCAUCAUGAGCAGGGCAAACUACGCCGGCUUCAAGGAGCACAAGGAACACCACGACGGAUUCAUUGCCCAUCUUGGCAAGCUGUCCGCCCCGGUAACCGACGAGGAAAUCUUCUUCUGCAAGAACUGGCUGGUGCAGCACAUCAAGAACAUUGACUUCGCGUACAGAGGCAAGCUGUAAGAUGUGACGCCCAAUGUUUUUCGAUUCGCUGUCUCUUUCUCUGCACAGCUGACCAUCGCUGCAAUACGCAGAGCUUUCCGGACCAUUUACUAUAUACGAACUUAGCUAUUGUCACAGCUUUCUAACUGAAACACAAUGUACUUUGCAUGGGUAAGCAAUUGUUAUCGUGAAAUGCCUACACAUCACGCAUGUAAGCGAUUGCGUUCCCAGCUAAUACAUAGGCUACCGAUAAUUUUCUAUUCAAAA